UCUAGGAGGUGCGGGAGGCUAACUCUGCGUAGGCCCUGUUGAGAAUCCUGAGGCUCUCGACGGCGCAGGAGCGGAGGCGAUGGCGGAGGAGCAGGAAUGUGAUUUCAAGAAGUCAUGUGCCGACUCUGAGGCAGCGGCGGCUGCAGAACCUCUGGGAUCCCCUUCGGAGACCACCGCCGUCGCCGCAGAGUCGCCGGAGCUCGAGAACUACAGUAGCAAGCAGGUUACACUCAAUAUCUGGAAAAAUAAUGGAGAUUUUUGUGUGUCUGUGCCUCCACAUUUUGGCAGCUCUUGGUUGAAAAAUGAAGACCUAGUUUGCUUCAAAGAUAUCAAGCCAGCAGCACCUCAUCAUUAUCUUGUGGUGCCAAAGAUGCAUAUUGGAAACUGCAGAUAUCUAAAGAAAGAUCAGAUAGAACUGGUUGAGAACAUGGUAACUGUUGGAAAAACCAUUCUUGAAAGGAAUAAUUUCACUGACUUCAAAAAUACGAGAAUGGGUUUCCAUGUGCCACCAUUCUGUUCCAUUUCCCAUUUGCACCUUCAUGUUCUGGCACCAGCCGAUCAGCUUAGCUUCUUAUCAAAAUUGGUUUAUAGAGUGAAUUCCUAUUGGUUUAUCACAGCUGAUUAUUUGAUUGACAAACUAAGAACAUGAAAAUGUCAACAGUGGAAGAUUUUCCUAAUUUUAGCUCAACAUAAACUAAUAUUCUGGUCUCUUUGAAGUCUAAUUACAAUUGGGUUUUACGUGAAGCUAUUACUGGGUAGUUUUAAAUUGUUUCUUAAUGUUUGUUUCCUGAAAUCUGUGAUAUAGUUAUAUGAAUAUUUUGUCAUUGACUUUGUUUUAGUGGUUCCUUGUCUAAGGUAUAAGAUACUAUAGAUAAAAUCCCAUCAAAACAACUUCUGUUAAUCAAGAAGGGCUCUGUAUUUUUUUUAAAGUUCAAACAUUUUAAUUUCUCAAUAGUCAAUUAUAAUAGUGAUUUAUUUAUGAAGAAUAAACUGGUAUAACAA